AUGCAUUUAAUACACACCCUCAUUAUUUUUUUGCCCUUCAUUACUGCAAAUUGGAUAGAUCCUAACGAUCCGACAUCGUCUUAUAAACCUCAAAUUUCGAAUAAAGUGCAGAAAUUGGAUGUGAUUGGCGAUUCAUCCCUACGGCUUAUUCUGCGACAAAUGCUUCAUGAAUUAAAUGUGGACCUAAAUGGAUCUUCGAAAAUCCACAAAAACGUACUUGUGACCAUCAAACAGCAGUCACUUUCCACAAUUUCGAAAUUUCUGAAUGGAGAAGUUGAAGAUACUGCCGAAACUCGAGAAAACGUUCGUUCCGCGUUGAGUGGAAUAUUCACUGUGACAGAUGAGAUUAUUGAUUCAUGGGAGUAUCGAUGGAAAAGUUAUCAACCAUUAGUAUUCUCACUAAACACUUUACUACUUCCUUUCUGUUUUGUUAUCGUAGUUCGAGCUUUGGUAAAACCUCGAAAUUUUUGGAUUUUAAUCAUCUCAUCAGCAUUACUUACCUCGGUGUAUUCAAAAUAUAACAAAAAAUACCAAGAAGCCGAAUCUCGGCGAUUUGCCCGUUUCGCUCAAGUUCAAGCCAAUGGGGGCCACGCAUGCGAACCCGAGGGAAUUAUUAGUCGGUUUUUUGAAAUUGUCGCCAGCCCGUUUCAAUAUAAGCAGAAAAGUGAAUGUCUGAAAUACAUCGAGUCGCAAACAAUUUCCAUAUUCCAUGAAAUUUCCAUAAUUGAAGUGGUCUCCGAAACCAUUUCCGGUGGAGUUUUUGCGUUUCUCUCAGGAAUUGGAACACAUCUAAACAAAUUCUUUAGAGAUUUGUAUGAGGGUGCACCGCUGCUCGCUCAAAUUGUUAUGACAGUGUUUUUGCUUCUGAUGGUUGGAAGGAUAAGGACACCGUUUUUCAGCUACGAGCCAAUAUUGUUAACGUUUGGUCGAAAAACUAUUGGAAAAAUGGUGGCGUGGCUGGAAGGAGGAGAUGAAGAAUUGAGAGAAAAUCCUCGAAUUCUAGAAUCGCGAAGGGAACAUAAGCAACUAACUCAAGAGAAGCUUCCAAUUCAGUUUAAAAAUCAUUCGGACAAUGAGAAAAGGAAAAACAAAUCUAGAAAAUCAGAGCCGAACGUAAAAAAUCGAUCGGCAAAAAUCGAAGCACCAGAAUCAAAUAAUGAAUCGCAAACGGAAGAGUCAGAUUGGAAUGACUCGGAAAAUCUAUCAUCAUUCUCGGAAUGA